CUCCCAGCCCUCCAGGCCAAGGGUGCAUCCGGCCAGCCGCGUCCCGGAGCUGCCCCUCUCUGGUGGCUGGGCCCGGGGCUCACUCCACUGCCAGAGUUUCUAAUUUUCACCAACACCUCGGAAGACCCGCGGCGCACGUGCAGUGGAUACCUCCACCCCUGGAGGGGCGGGGCCAUGCUCGCAGCCAAUGAGCGCGGGGGGGGCGGAGGGUUAGGGAAGCUUCGAGAGGCCGGCUUGGAGGAGGUUAUAAGUAGGGUACGGACGAGCAAAGGGCAGCAAAGCCAUGCAGUCCAAGCGCGAGUGUGAGCAAUGGUGUGAGAGGGUGAAUCCGGAGAACAAGGCGGCCCUGGAGGCGUGGGUCAGGGAGACUGGCAUCCAGCUGGUGCAGGUGAACGGGCAGAGGAAGUAUGGCGGGCCGCCUCCAGGCUGGGUGGGCAGCCCGCCGCCGGCCGGGUCCGAAGUGUUUAUCGGACGGCUGCCCCAGGACGUGUACGAGCACCAGUUGAUCCCACUGUUCCAGCGCGUGGGCCGCCUCUACGAGUUCCGCCUGAUGAUGACCUUCAGCGGCCUGAACCGUGGCUUCGCCUACGCCCGCUACAGCUCUCGGCGCGGCGCGCAGGCCGCCAUUGCCACGCUGCACAACCACCCGCUGCGGCCUUCGUGCCCGCUGCUGGUGUGCCGCAGCACGGAGAAGUGCGAGCUGAGCGUGGACGGGCUGCCGCCGGGGCUGAGCCACCAGGCGCUGCUGCUGGCGCUGCGGCCGCUGGGGCCCGGCCUGCAGGAGGCGCUGCUGCUGCCCAGCCCCGGGCCGGCGCUGGCCCAGAUGGCGCUGCUCAAGUUCAGCUCCCACCGCGCGGCCGCCAUGGCCAAAAAGGCCCUGGUGGAAGGGCAGUCCCGCCUCUGUGGAGAGCUGGUGUCUGUGGAGUGGCUCAAGCCAGACCUGAAACAGCAACUACGCCAGCAGUUUACAGGUCCCUCCCUGCGGUUCCUUCAGACAGAAGGCACCCAGUUGGCUCUACCCAGGGACAAGCUAGGGUCCCAAGGUGCUCGGGCUGCCCUGCAGCUGCUGUGCCAGCGGAUGAAGCUGGGCAGCCCGGUGUUCUUGACCAAGUGUUUGGGGAUGGGCCCUGCUGGCUGGCACCGCUUCUGGUACCAGGUGGUGAUCCCUGGGCAUCCAGUGCCUUUCAGUGGCCUCAUCUGGGUUGUGCUAGCCACGGAUGGGCAGGAUGGGCAUGAGGUGGCCAAGGAUGCCGUGUCCGCACGGCUGCUAGAGGCACUGGGUGAGUCAGGGGCAAGCCUCUUGUGGUGUGCUGGCGCUGAGGCAGCUGCCAUGGUUAAACAGUGAUCUC